GGAGGCCAUUAUAAUGGCAGAUGCACUAUUUUUGGCGAUUGGGAUGAUAACGGUGCAAGUUAUUGCUGCCAUUUUACAGCUUUUGUCAAGGGUGAUUCUCGGACAAGGAAUAUUUGUUUUUGCUCUCAUGACGUACCGUCAUGUCAUUGCAACUUUAUGCAUCCUUCCUUUUGCAUAUUUCCGAGAAAGGGAGUGCCUGAAGAAAGUGAACCUCCAUGUUUAUAUGUGGGUUUUCCUCGUAUCAUUUUCUGGGGUAAUCAUAGCUAUGGGAUUUUUUUACUACGGGCUUCGGGAUACAACAGCUACAUAUGCUACAAACUUUGUCAAUUUGAUUCCUAUAGUUACAUUUGCCUGUUCAAUAGCUUCAGGUGUAGAAAAGCUUCGCCUGAAUGCAAAAGAAGGAAAAAUUAUGCUCAUAGGAACAAUGGUUUGCCUUAUGGGAGCAUUAACCAGUGCAUUGUUCAAAGGAAAAACAUUCUAUCUAUUAAACCCCAACUCCAAGAAUCUAUUCACUGCAACUGAUAUGAAGCCAGAUUGGGCACGUGGAACCAUAUUUCUAGUGCUUAGUUGUUUAGGAUAUGGUUCAUGGUUCAUGGCACAGGCCAAGCUGUCUAAAAUAUAUCCAUACAUGUAUUCUGCGACCUUGCUAGUAUGCAUAACCGCCGCAUUCCAAAGCCUGGUAAUAGGCUUAUGCAUUGAUAGUAGAAAGACAUUAUGGGCACUCGGAUGGAAUUUACAGUUAGUUACUAUAUUCUACUCUGGUGCAUUGGCAACUGGUGCUACAUUUUGCUUACUCUCUUGGGCAAUCAGAAAAAGAGGUCCGACAUAUCCAUCAAUGUUCAACCCAUUAUGCUUAACUUUGGUAGCCGUCGUAGAACUCAUUUUCUUUGGCGCAGGAAUCUCUAUUGGAAGUUUAAUUGGCAUGUCCCUGAUCACAUUAGGACUGUAUCUUUUUUUGUGGGGGAAGAAUAUGGAGAUGCGAAGUGAAUAUGAAUUAACAAUGGACGAUGAAGGUGCCAAGUUUCUAUCAUAUGAACGGUUGUAGUUGUGUCAAUUUCAUUUCAUUCCCUCAGUCAACGACUUUAUUUUUAAUGUUCUUUGUUUACAUUAUAGAACAAUUGAGUUCAAUCAAUGUAUGAUGAGUUUAGUCAAAGAAGCACACAAAGGUGAGAGCAGUACAAAGUUCAUGUUGACAUUAUUUGACACUGUUUGAUAUUGUUUUGCACUGUUUUGGUGUAAAUUUAUUUUCCAAAUAAGGAAGUGUGAACU